AGACCAGGACCAGGACGGGUGUGGAGUCAUUUCUUUUUCCAUGGUGAUGAUGUUUUUGCUUGCGCGAACCCUUUUCUACUACUGAGCAAGAAGAAGUAAAACAGAGGUACAAUCAGUUGUGUCAGCUUCAAGUAGAAAACAGCGCCAUGACCAUGUCUGGGGGUAGUUUCGAAGCCUGCACUCGCGACAAGCUGAAGCUCGUGGUCGAAACAAGCAGGAAGCGCAAUUUGCUCAACGACGACCGAUGUUUCGACAUUUUACACGACAUGGAGGCGAACGAAGAGCUCAUCGCAGCAGAUUCGGGCCUGCACAUUGUUCUACGAUGCACAAAAACGACGACUCUGGAGCACUACCACAAGUGGCACCCAAAUAUGCUCCGCCACGGGCGCUUCGUCGUGGAUGACGAUGAAGAGGAGGAGGAGCAUACGCCCUCGACUUCUUCGAGUUCGAGAUCUGCUUCAUCGCACACGACACCUUGCAAGAAAGCCGCCUUGUUGGAGUACGGCGACCGUUUGGUCCUUGUCAAUGGCCGGGCGACUUUUGCACCAACGACGAAUAUCGUGCCCGGUUCGUAUCGUAAGGAAAAAUCCCCCCUCCCCAUGUCGAAAACGUAUCCGUCUGAAAAUUUGUCAUGCGCAUUUGUGACCUCAAAUCCUGUCUGUCUUGCGAGAAGGCAAGGCCAGAAAGCGUUCCGCAUUUUUCAGGCGGUUUGUGAUGCUGUUUGGCUUAGAGCAUACACGUUUGUCAUGCUAGGCGCCUACGUCAAAACCUCUCGACUGAGGCUUGACAUAUGCCUGCAUUCCUCUACUGCAAGACAAAUCUGAUUUGUGUAUGGAAAUCCAGCAUCAGAAACUUCGUUGCGAUAUGGGGAGGGGGGAUUUUUCCUCUUAAUAGUUCGCGACUGCUGUUCUGGCGUGCGUCGGGCAGUGAAAACUUCGAAGACACGCUCCCGGACUGCUCCGCGCUGGCGAGAGGUUGUAGGUGUUUGUCUUCUUGUUCAUCGUCGUCAUCCUCUUCCGCGGCUUCAAAACACGACCAACAGCGCGCCGCGCUUUGCACGGCUCUGCUAGCGUACAUCAUACACACCACCAGCGCAACCUUUGCCGGCGCGAGUCGGAUUCUCAAGAAAGAGCUGGACCGCAAAGAUGCGGUGGCGCUUCUGAAGGGGCUGAGUGCCUAUCGGGAAGAUAUCGAGAGGCUAGCGCUGCACUUUGCGGCAAACUUUCGGGAGUUCUUGGAACCUGGGGCUGCAAAUAGAGCAGUUGACGCAGAGAGAGAAGAUGUCGAUGAAAUUCCUGCAGCUGUUCUGGCCGCUAAAGUCAGAGACGACAGAACCAGUAGCCCCUCUCAGGGAGUAGACCAAGACGCGCGGAUGAUGCCAAGCGUUCCAACAGCCAAUGCUGAUCAACGAGGUGAUGAAACGGCAACAGAACCACCUUCCCCGACCGCAGCUCGUGAGAUAAUUGUAGAAGUUGAAGACAAAGUAGAAAAAGCAAAAGACGGACAACUACCUGCGGCACCGGUACCCAUUGCCACUCCCACACCGGAGCUCUACCGCUGCCGCCAGUGUCGCACAGUGCUUUUCUCGGAUCAGCACAUCGCGCCGCACGAACCGGGACACAGCCCCUGCACGCCCUGUCUCUUCGUCGAGCCGGUCUCCUGGAUGGCAGCAGUCAUAAACAAGGGCGAGCGCCAGGGAAAACUGACCUGUCCAAAGUGCAAAGCCAAGGUAGGGAACUUCAAUUGGGUAGGAAUCAAGUGUGGGUGUGGGCAUUGGCGCUCCCCCGCGUUCGCAAUCCACAAGGACAAGAUCGAUUCCCCCGAGUUAGAAUUUUGAGCUCGAAGAGGUUUGUUGAUGGCGACCAUGCCACAAUUGGAUAAGUACAUACUCACCGCUUUACUUGUCUGAGCGACCACGUACGAAAAGAAAUCUU